GUUGGGAGUCAGCUACUUCUUUCGAUACCCAUUGAGAUUCGCAAAUAAAAUACACGCGAUCAGUGGUACAAUUGGGCUGGUGUGAAUAUUUAUAAACAAAUCCCGCUAAUGGUGCGCCUCUGAAGGCGAUUCAUUGCGUAGGGCAAAUAGCGCCGAAUUGUACGUAAUCACAGCGCCUGAAGGAGUUCGUAAUCUCCCCAAAAUUGUGUGUAUAUGGCCAAGUCUAUGAUGUGAAUCACUUAUCGUACACCACCACAUUGCUUUAUCAGUUUCUGUUUAUUGCGGUGCGCCUUUGAAGUUGAGAGAUUUAUCGAGGCGCGUAUUACACAAUUAUAUCCAGAUUUCUUUUUCUGCCUCACUGUGCACAAAUUUCUCCAGAGAUUUCGGGUGGAAGAGAAUACAUUUAUACCUGUGCUAAUGCCCAAAUCAAUGCGUCAGUCAUGGGAAAGAGUGUAACGUAUGAUCGCGGUGAAAAUCCACUUUCAACACCCAAUUAAUUUCUUCAAAAUAUUUUCGCAAUUUUUCUUCUCACUCCCGCCCAAAAGUAAUCCUCGUGCGCCACGGCCAAUUGUUUGUUUUCUGUUGGGUGUUUUAAACAACCACGUUGAGUACCAUCAUUUGAGAUAUUGUGAAAAUAAACGUAACAAAUAAAUUUCACACCGUGUAAAGAGAGGAAUAUUCUCGCGGCUGAGAAAAGCCCACAUGGUCUGAAGAUUCUCCCAAUCGCACUCUAGUCACGAAUGGAGGAACACUGGGGGCUUCAGCAUGGGCAGUUCUUCCAUUAGAAAUCACCUGAUUUUCCUUUGGAUUACCGUCUGGCUGCUGGGCAGCAUUGCACUUAUCAAAUCAGAAAGCAGAAAGGGGAGAAUUCACACAGAACCCGAGCAACUGAAACACAUUCAAUUGGUGAAAGGCAGUGAAGUUACCUUGAGAUGUGGCAUCAGGAACAGUCAUUCUGACUACAUGGUAUCUUCAGAGAUUGAGUGGUAUUUCAAGCCUUGCGGAAAUUCCCGCAACAGGACGUCAUGCAAGACCGAUGGGGAGAAGACGUGGACUCGCCUGAAUUGCGAUGGUUCGCCUUGUCAGCCCACGCUGGUGAUCAAGAGUCCUUCGGAGGCCAAUUCGGGCCUCUACCGUUGCAGCAUGAAUCCCUAUCGUCCAGACAAUCGCACCGUUCUGGGCAUCCACGUGGUCAACACAUACCAACUGGACGUGGUGUCUUCUGAUCCCAUGGAUUCUCCUCCUGAAUUCCUGGGCUUCGGCGCAAACGUGUCAGUCCCUCUGGACGGCACUGCGGUGCUGCCCUGCAAAGUCUACAGCCGCAUUCCGCCGUCCAUUCGGUGGUUCAAGAAGCAGGACAACACCAGCAACUACCCAUCAUUCUCCGGCGACAGCUACACUCACGUGAUCCAGCACCUGGAGAGCACGUUUGAGAGUGUCGAAUCGUCGGGCCAGAAGCUCGUGGGCCGUGAUACAUAUUUAAGUAAGUUCAUAAUUAAUCACGUCACCGAAGAGGACAGUGGAUUCUAUGUGUGCGUCAGCAUGAACUACAACGGGUACAGAAUCCAAGAGACACUUCUGCAUGUGAUGAUGCCGGAGAGCCAGUUCCUGAAAAAUCAGUUCUUCCUCCUCUUCCUCAUCCCUGUCCUCUUCGCCAUCAUCCCGCUGUCCAUGUGGCUGUGCUUCCUGCUCAGCCGGCGGCGACAGAGGCUCCAAGCGAAGGAUGCUAGUCAAAUUGUGACCACUGCUGAGGCAGACUCUGCAAAUAUUCCAUUGAGGAACAACACAACAAUUCUGAUUACCAACAAUUACGACAAUCGGCGCUACACAACGCUCAAGAAUAAGUCCUAUUGGUACUACCUGUAGACGAAUGUGAUAUAAAAUAAAUUUUUAAUAAUUGAUAAGA